AUGGUCUCCCCGGUUUUCCUUCUUCUGACUCCGGCUGAUGAUGCGUGCAGAAUAAAACGUACCAACAGGUUACGACAAACAAUUAUUCUGAGCAACAUCAGCACGGUCCUCUCCUGGAAACGGGAGAAUGAGGGUGCUUGCCUGUGCUCUGGCAAUCUGGGCGACUGGCGUAGCCAACGUACACUGACGGAAGACUCCUGUGGAGAUGGGUUGACUGACUCGGACGUAGAUGACGUGGCGGCGUGCUUCGACAACACAGGACGGACCUCGGUCACCAAGAUCGAUCUGAGUGGCAACCAGCUCGCUUCGCUUCCAGCGGGGCUUUUCAACGGUCUGGAUGCACUGCAAGAAAUAUAUCUGAGUUCCAACCAGCUCGCCUCCCUUCCCGUGGGGCUUUUCAACGGUCUGGAUGCGCUGCUAUCAAUCCUUUUGCAUGACAACCAGCUCGCUUCGCUCCCCGCGGGACUUUUGGACGGUCUGGAUUCGCUUGUAUUUCUCUCUCUGUAUGGCAACCAGCUCACUUCGCUCCCGGCGGGACUUUUCAACGGGCCGGAUGGACUGCAAUCUCUCUAUCUGAACGACAACCAGCUCGCUUCGCUCCCCGCGGGACUUUUCGACGGUCUGGAUUCGCUCUCUAUUCU